UUCAUUAAUGAUGUAGGGAUUUUUUCUUCAAAGGCAGAAACAUUAAUAUAGUGUUGAUUCUUUAGUUUGAUCCAACAAAAAGAGCUACUCCGAACAUUAAUGGCCUUCCUCACUAAAAUAUCUCACAAAAGAAGCUCCCCAACGAUUGAGUUUGCUUACCAAAAUACCCCACGGCUCUUAAGCCAUAACAAUUUUCAAGCACCUAACAUCCGUAUUCCUAGAAAGAACUGGAGCAUUAAUACCUCAGAUCGACUCAAACAGUGUUCUAACCCUUCAAAAACAAAUCAGUAUUUUUGCAACCACAUGAACAGUAUUAUUGUUGAGCAGGAAGACAACGAUGUUAAACAUGCAGAAUUGGUGAAGCGUGUUCGUAAAUUAAUUGGCAAAGUUAGUGAUGAGGGUUUUGAGGAUUUGAUGAUGAUUGAUGCUCUCCAGCGUCUAGCAAUUGAUUAUCACUUCGAAGAUGAGAUCAACUUAAUAUUGGAAAGGCGUAACAUGCAAUAUACUAACACAGACUUUUUUCAGCAUCAAAAUCUCUAUGAGAUCUCCCUCUGUUUUCGAAUUUUAAGACAGAAUGGCUUUUUUGUGUUGCCAGAUUAUUUUAAGAAAUUCAAGGGAAACUACAAAGAGUUCGACAGAAAAUUGAAUUACGACAUCAGAGGUUUAAUGGCGUUAUAUGAAGCUUCUCAGUUACGAAUAGAAGGGGAAAUCAUACUGGAUGAAGCUGAAAAGUUUAGCUACCAGAUUUUGCAGGAGAGGAUGAAAUUUCUUGAUGAUGAACAAGCUACAAUGGUCAGACGUACACUUGAGAAUCCCUGCCACAAAACGUUGCCGUUUUGCAGUUUAAAGAACUCUAUCCGAGAUUAUAACGGCACCGUUUUGCAAGAGUUAGCAGAACUAGAGUUCAAUUUACUGCAGUAUGUACACCAAAGGGAAAUAAAUCAGAUACUAAGGUGGUCAAAGGACCUGGGUUUGGCCAAAGAGUUAUUUCUUGCUCGGGACCAACCUUUAAAGUGCUAUCUUUGGGCCAUGGCUGCCUUAACAAAUCCCAACCUCUCUACACACAGGAUCGAUCUCACAAAAACAAUUUUACUCAUUUAUAUCAUAGAUGACAUUUUUGAUGUCUAUGGAACUAUCAACGAACUAACUGUAUUCACGGAAGCCAUAAACAGAUGGGAUAUUAAGGCAAUUGACAAGCUUCCAGACUACAUGAAGUCGUCCUUCAAGGCUCUUUAUAACAUUACAAAUGAAAUCGCCAACAAUGUUUACGAGCAACAUGGGAUUAACCCCAUACGCUCCUUGUGGAAGGCGUGGGCAACACUUUGCAAUGCAUUUCUAGUGGAAGCAAAAUGGUUUGCUUCUGGGCAAAUUCCAAAUGCCGAUGAGUACUUGAAAAUUGGAAUGGUUACUUCAGGUGUAGGAGUUUUGUUUGUCCAUAUGUUUUUCUUGCUUGGAAAUGGUACAAAUGAGGGACAUUAUGACCUUUUCAAUGAUAACCAUGGGAUAAUAUCAUCAGUUUCAAAGAUUCUGCGUUUGUGGGAUGAUUUAGGAAGUGCUCGAGAUGAAAAUCAAGAUGGACAUGAUGGAUCAUACAUCACGUGCUUUCUAAACGAGCACCAAGGUUGCCCGAGCAAGGUUGCACGUCAGCAUGUUGUUAACUUGAUUUCAGAUGCAUGGAAGAGUUUAAAUAAAGAGUGCCUCGCUCCUUAUCCCUUUUCAGCAACUUUUAUGAAGGCCACCAAUAACAUUGCAAGGAUGGUGCCUCUUAUGUAUAGUUAUGAUAAUCAUAGUUCACUUCCUCUACUUGAUGAUUAUGUCAAGGCUAUACUACUAGAGAAUAGUACGAUGUGAGUUUUAGUAUAUGUAAAAAUACAUAGUAAGAUACAAUUAAAACAAGCUAUUAUAAUAUAAGCAUGAUAUGAGUUUUAGUA